GAACGACUGAAAUUCGUGCCAGCCACCUGCAGCUCAUGCACGCUAAGCGCGUCACUGACCAGUGGAGGGGGAAUGGGGGACCGCUCCUCCAACAAACAACAGAUUCAGAUUCCCCAAAGGCUGCCCCUUGUUUUUUUGUUGUCCCCCCCUGGACUGACACGCAACGUCACUUGUCUUGACGAGGCUGCUACUGCCGCUGGUACUUGGACUGUUGGCCUGGCCUGAUUGACACAGCCGCUGUUGUGUGUCGGGUCUCGACAAAGCAGCACUCACCGACCCCUCGCUUUUGCUUGCCUUCCAAACCUUGCAGAUUCCCCCACUAUUAUUGCUCGAUUGAGGGAGUCUCACCGACCGACGGCAGGGCCGCCAACUUGGCCACUUCUACUCCCACUCCCGCUCCCGCACACCCUCUGCUCCCACCUGCGGCCUGCCGCAUCGUCUUGGUUGAUGAGAUAGAUCAUAGCCAUUUCGAGCGCACCAUCUCAAGCGCCACAAUGUCGAGUGGGAACACCAUUAAGGUCGUGGCCCGGUUCCGGCCCCAGAACCGGAUCGAGAACGAGUCGGGCGGCCAGCCCAUUGUCAAGUUCGAAGGCGAUGACAGUCUCACGGUUGAUUCCAGGGAGGCCCAAGGCUCCUUCACCUUUGACCGCGUCUUCAACAUGCAAUGCAAGCAAUCUGACAUCUUCGACUACUCGAUCCGCCCAACUGUCGACGAUCUCCUGAACGGUUACAAUGGGACAGUCUUCGCUUAUGGUCAGACCGGUGCUGGAAAGUCCUAUACCAUGAUGGGCUCGAGCAUCGACGACGAAGAAGGCCGGGGUGUCAUUCCGCGUAUCGUCGAGCAGAUCUUCGCGAGCAUCAUGUCCAGCCCUAGCACGAUAGAAUACACAGUCCGGGUCAGCUACAUGGAAAUCUACAUGGAGCGAAUCCGUGAUCUCAUGGCGCCUCAAAACGACAACCUCCCCGUGCACGAGGAGAAGAACAGGGGCGUCUACGUUAAGGGCCUUCUAGAGAUUUAUGUUUCAAGCGUACAGGAAGUGUUCGAGGUCAUGCGAAGGGGUGGCAACGCACGAGCUGUCGCUGCAACCAACAUGAACCAGGAAUCAUCCAGGUCGCACUCCAUCUUCGUCAUCACCGUCACGCAGAAAAACGUCGAGACCGGAUCGGCAAAGAGUGGCCAGCUCUUCUUGGUGGACUUGGCUGGUAGCGAGAAGGUCGGCAAGACUGGAGCCAGCGGGCAGACGCUAGAAGAGGCGAAGAAGAUCAACAAGAGUUUGAGCGCGCUGGGAAUGGUCAUCAACUCGCUGACGGACGGCAAAUCAUCGCACGUGCCAUACCGUGAUUCCAAGCUCACCCGAAUCCUGCAGGAGUCUCUAGGUGGUAACAGUCGGACCACUCUGAUCAUCAACUGUUCGCCUAGUAGUUACAACGAUGCCGAGACUCUCAGCACCCUGCGCUUCGGUAUGCGAGCCAAGUCGAUCAAGAACAAGGCCAAGGUCAAUGCUGAGCUGAGCCCCUUGGAGUUGAAGCAACUCCUUGGAAAGGCCAAGACCCAGAUCACGACAUUCGAGAAUUACAUUGUGAGCCUGGAAGGCGAGGUCCAACAAUGGCGAGCAGGCGAACAGGUUCCCAAGGAGAAGUGGGUGCCCUCGUUGUCCGCGGAUGGCGCAACCAAGUCGCUGCCUGCCAGACCCUCCACGCCAUCUAGACUCCUGCCAGAAAGUCGAGCGGAAACCCCGGCCGCGUCGGAACGGGCCGGAACACCGUCAAUUCCCAUGGACAAGGACGAGCGCGAGGAGUUCCUGCGCCGGGAGAACGAGCUUCAAGACCAGCUCUCCGAGAAGGAAUCGCUAGCUGUCACGGCCGAGAAGGCACUACGUGAGGCUAAGGAGGAGCUGGGACUUCUCAAGGAGCACGACAGCAAGGUCAGCAAGGACAACGACAAGUUGAACAGCGAAGUGAAUGAGGUCAAGAUGCAACUAGAGAGGCUUAGUUUCGAAGGCAAGGAGGCUCAGAUCACCAUGGAUGCCCUCAAGGAAGCCAACUCUGAGCUCACCGCUGAGCUUGACGAAGUUAAACAGCAGCUGAUGGACGCCAAGAUGGGAGCAAAGGAGAGCGGCGCUAUUCUCGAUGAGAAGGAGAAGAAGAAGGCAGAGAAGAUGGCCCAGAUGAUGGCUGGCUUCGAUCUAGGCAGCGACGUCUUCAGCGACAACGAGCAGUCGAUCGCCGAGGCCAUCAAGCAACUCGAUCGGUUCCAAGAGAUCAGCAACGGGGGCGACACAAUCCCCGCAGAGGAUCUUAAGGCUCUCCGAGAAAAGCUUGUUGCGACGCAAGGUAUCGUGCGACAAGCCGAGCUUUCGCUCUACAGCUCGUCGCCAAGCAGCUCCGAUGCUAAGCGACGUGCCGAGCUCGAGGCCCGCCUUGACAGUCUUCAGCAAGAAUAUGAGGACUUGCUGGCUCGCAACCUCGGCGAGACCGACGCCGAGGAGGUCAAGGCCAGGCUUGAGCAGGCUUACGCCUCCAAGCAGGGUACUCAGAUGGAGCUCGUUGAUGAGCUCAAGGGCGAGAUCAGCAAGACGGCCAACGAGAAUGAGCGCUUGAGGGUUCUGAUUGAGGAUCUUCAGCGGCAGGUCAAGGCCGGCACCGCGGCGCCGAUGGACAACGGAAAGACCGUUGCGCAGCAAAUGGCCGAGUUCGACGUCAUGAAAAAGUCGCUGAUGCGCGACCUCCAGAACAGGUGCGAGCGUGUCGUCGAGCUCGAGAUCUCCCUGGACGAGACACGGGAGCAGUACAACAAUGUGCUGCGGUCGUCCAAUAACCGCGCGCAGCAGAAGAAGAUGGCGUUCCUGGAGCGCAACUUGGAGCAGCUGACGCAGGUGCAGCGGCAGCUUGUCGAGCAGAACUCGAGCCUGAAGAAGGAAGUCGCCAUCGCGGAGAGGAAACUGAUCGCCAGGAAUGAGCGUAUCCAGAGUUUGGAGAGUCUCCUUCAGGAUAGCCAGGAGAAGAUGGCACAGGCCAACCACAAGUUUGAGGUCCAGCUUGCCUCCGUCAAGGAGCGCCUUGAGGCGGCCAAGGCAGGCAGCACUCGCGGCCUGAACUCGCCCACUGGUCCGGGAGGAUUCAGCUUCGCCGGCGCCGGGAGCAGAAUCGCCAAGCCACUGCGUGGCGGCGGCGGAGACGCCCCUGCCGCCAACCCUACCAUCCAGAACCUCCAGGACAACGCCAACAAGCGGUCGAGCUGGUUCUUCCAGAAGGGUUAAAACAGCAGGGACGGGUUUUGUCGUUACUGGUACAAGAACGAAUAUUUAGAAGAAACGACAUCAACGAAGAGCCUGGGCGGGAUACAGGUAUCUCCCCCCAGCCCAUGAGUCAGCCAGGAGGAUACAAACAAAGAACUAUACCCCUCUCCAGAAUGCUUGUUGCCUUUUCCCUUUGUCUAGUAUAACACCUUACACGAGUCAGCCAUUCAUAGAGGAAGAAGAUCAGACGUGGAGUUUUGUCGUGCUGUUCUGUUGGGAAACCAAAGUGGUUCGCUUGGAAUAACCCGACUACUGCAGGGUAAGUGAUUCACACCUGGGAGGCCCGCCUUGCGGUUGGUCUGGUCUGUCCGGCCGUCCGACCUGGACGUGGUGGUUGUAUGAAAGGGGGAUAUCAGGACAAUGUAGGGGAUCGUGUCGACCGCCAAGUAUUAUUUGCCGUUGGGUCUGCAUCGCAAGGAGCGAAAUCCAUCCUUUAGCGUCUACUAUGUAUGUAUUUUCACGUGCUCACGUGUAAUAUCAUGACAGGUCGGAACGCACAUUGAGGGUUAGAGGGAAGGCAAAUUUCUCAACGGUUCUUGUGUGAAA